AUGUCGCGUUGGAUUCCUCUCGAAAGCAACCCCGAAGUCCUCAACAAAUGGGCCACCAAAGCGGGCCUCCGUAACGCUAGCUUUGCAGACGUGUAUGGCUUGGAAGAAGGGCUUCUGGCUAUGGUCCCCCAGCCGGCCAAAGCCAUCGUUCUACUGUUCCCUAUCACCCCCGCAUCCGAAGCAAAGCGAAAGCAAGAAGAAGAAGAAAUCGAAAAGAAUGGCCAGCUGUCACUCGAUCCUACUCUGCUCUGGAUCAAGCAAACGAUUUCUAAUGCUUGUGGGACCAUGGGCUUGAUUCACGCCAUUGCUAACAGCGAUGUAACCAUCGCACCCAUGAGCCCACUGGCCAAGUUCAUCGAUGAAUGCUCGGACAAGACUCCGGACCAACGUGCCAAGCUGCUGGAAACAACGCCUUUAUUCGGUGACAUCCACGCGGAAGCUGCGUCUGGAGGCCAAAGCGCGGUCCCGACAGAUUUAGACACCAAUCUCCAUUUUACUUGCUUUGUGGAGGCUCCUGCUGGAAGAGGCCCUGAAUCCGAAGCAACUGGAAUGAGACUUGUCGAGCUCGAUGGUCGGCGCAAAGGACCAGUUGACAGAGGCGAAUGCACCGAUUUCCUCAAAGACGUGGCCAAGGUUGUCCAAGAGGUAUACAUCAAGGGUGGGCCAGAGAGUCUGCAGUUCAGCAUGAUGUCGUUGGGUCCUCCAGAUCAAUAG